AUGCGUUCAUUCUUUUAUUUCGCUUAUUCUCUUGUGGCAUUCUUAAUCGUCGCUGCCAAAUCGCAGGACAAUGUUGUCAAGAAAACUUCGAAUUCUCUUGUUUAUCCUAAGGUGCAUAGGGUAAGCAAGACCUGGUCGUAUCGUUCUGCAAAGGCAAAAGGCAAUGUGACAUAUGCUGAUCCAUACUUUUGGCUAGAGGGCUCUGCCAAAGAGAAAGACAUACAACAAUUCGUUGCCGAUCAAACUAAGUUAACGGAACAGUAUAUUCAAGGCUGUAAGAGCAAAGAUGCUAUUAUCAAGUCUCUGACAGAAGCCAAUAGUUUUGACAGUUUUACCCAUUCAAGCGAUGAAGCACCAAUGUGGUAUACAGCAUCUUUCAAGGAGUUUGCUGCUGCGAAACAGAACAAUUUUCAGUCACCUCCUGGAAAGAAAUUCUUGAAUGAAAGCCUUUUAAGCUCUGAUGGCAGCCAAGCUAUCAUUCGCACAAGUGUUUCUCCGGAUGGAAAUAUUUUUGGAUAUCAAGUAGUAGGAGCAGACGGUGUAGCAAAUUGGUAUUUCCGUCAUUUCAAUUCGCCUUUACUUGCCGCUAAAACAACACCAGCCGGUGGCGAGGGUAGCUUGAACGAUAUGAUCUCGCUUGGUGCUCCCGAUUCGCUCUUUUGGAUGCCUGACAGUAAAGCUUUCUUUUAUUCGCAAAUCGUUGAUUCGAACGGGGGAACGAAUACCGAUCAUGGUUACAAGGUUCGAUAUCACAUCUGGGGAACCAAUAGUACAAAGGAUGUGACGAUCUUUGAUACAAAGAAUGCUGGCAGUCACGGUAGCGAUAAUUACUACUAUCUCAAUUUAAGCCCAGAUGGCCGUUGGCUCGUUGUGACUGGCUACCAUGAUAUCUCUACCUACAAUACAAGCACAUACGCCACAUUGCUACCCGGACAGCAGAUUUCUGAGAAUAUGAAAUGGAUUUCAUUAUCGCCCGCAUACGAAUUUUCUGUAAUCCGCGGAGGUAUUGUAGGUGACACCUACUACUUCUAUACCAACAAAGAUGCAAAGAACGGAAAGAUUGCAAAGAUCAAAAUGGAUUGGAGUAAAGCAAAGAAAGUCAAAUUAUUUACAGAAUUGCAAGAUCGUCCGCCGGUUAUUGACGUUGUACCUGAACGCCAAAACUCUAAGCUCAUCCCAUUCGGAGUUUUCAUGACUGCAAAAAACGUUUUGAUUCUCGUUUACAUCGAACAAGGUGAAAUGGCGGUAUAUUCGUGUAAAGCGGGGAACGGUAAGCUUCUUAAAAAGCUGUUGCCAACAGAAAAGGUAUACGUGGACGAUUUUAUACCUAAUCGGUAUAGCAAUACAUCCUUCUUGUUAGCCGAGAGUUGGAAUACACCAAGCAAGAUCUUUGAGUUCAAAUGGGAUGGAGAGAACGUGCAGUCUUCAAGGGUAACUGUUCAACAUAUCAAUAAUACCAAUCCGGAUGAUUUUGCCGUUGAAAAACUUUACGCGACAUCAAAAGAUGGCACGAAAGUUCCCUACUUUAUCACAUAUCGUAAAGGAACUCAAAAGCCCGGACCUGCAUUUAUACACAUGUAUGCAGCAUCUGGCGUUGUUGACAACCUCUUUUAUCAGUCAAACUACUUUGAAUUCUUGAGAAGCUACAACGGCUACUUCAUUUGGGCAGGAGCUAGAGGCGGUGGUGACGAAGGAGGAAAAUGGCAUGACGCAGGAUCGGGAUUGAACAAGCAAAAGACAUUUGACGAUAUCAUUGCGAUUGCUCAAGAUAUUGUCAAGCUAGGUUAUACAACUGCGGGUAAUAUUAUCAUCGAAGGUGUUUCUGCUGGUGGUUUAGCAGUUGCGGCAGUGCUUAAUCAAGCUCCAGCAGGUCUUAUCGGUUUAGCCCUUCCAGUACGAGCACCUUGUGAUGCAUUCCAAUUCGAAUUAAGGAGCACGAUUGGAGCAGUAAACCGUGUAGAGUUUGGGGAUGUGACGACACCAGAAGGAUUUGAUGCAGUUUUUGCUUGGUCACCAUUACAGAAUGUCGAUCUACACAAGCCAUACCCAGCCGUCGUUCUUACACCGGGAUCUUCAGAUGAAGUUGUGCCACCUUCAAGCAGCUAUAAAUUCUUGGCUCAAUUGCAAUACGAUCAUCCGAACAACACCUUACCGCUUUUAAUGUAUGUGGCACAGAACUUGGGACAUGUUCCUGCUACUGUUCUGGAAAGUACAUAUCAUUUCUGCGUCAUGGAACAAGCUCUUCAUCUCAGGAGGAGGAAUGAAUAG